AUGGAAGCGGCCAUACGCUCAUCAGUGCAGGUUGGUGGUCCACCACCCACAUCAGGUGGUCAACAGCAACAGCACCACCACCAACAACAGCAGCAGCAGCCGCAGCAACGUGGCGGUAAUCCCCAGCAACAAUUGCACUUGCAUGAUAAUGGACCAUCGCCACAACAACAACAGCAUCAGCAGCAGCAGCAGUAUCAUCAACAACUUAGCAAUCUACCCACACACCAUCAUCAACAUCACCAACUACCGCAAGCGCAGCAAUCAGCUGCACAGCAACAACAACAAAAUAGCAAUAACGGUAGUAACAGUACACAACAGCAGCAUCAACAACAGGCUAAUAUGUCAGCUUAUCAACAGCGCAUGGCGUCUGGUCCGUCGCAGAUUCACAGAAUAGUAAAAGAAGCACUAAAGCGUAUAGAGGCAAACGAAAAACAAGAUAUUACACUUACGGAUUGCAUCAAUCAUGUAACAAAAGCUUGGGAUAUUGACGUCAAAAAUCAAACCAUAGCGAAUUGCUUCAAAAAAGCUGGAUUUGGUCAAUACUCUGAAUGGGAAGAGGAAGAUGACAUACCUCUGAGUUUUUAA